AUGGCGAUCACAUUGGCGAAGCGUGCCAAGGAGGACAAAGUGGAAACCACGGCUAGAAGCUGGGUAGCUAAACCGAUUUUGAGCUCGGAGUUCACCGAUGAUCCUCCUCUGGAAGACGUCUUCGUGGGUCUGCUUAGGCAAAAGAAAAAUAUCUCGACCGCGAUACAGAGGAUAUCGUCGAUUUUGCCAGGAUUCAGUCAUCUGAAACGUUGCUCCUCGAAUAAAUUGUUACUGGUACCUCUGAGAUCCUCGGAACUGUUGGAAGAAUCGGUUGAACCGUCCCUCGAGAAACGCAGACUGACCCAAGACGAGCUGAAGAUAUUGUUAAACGACAAAGGCUUCGAUUUAGACUUGCUAGAGGAUGAUUUUCAAAUAGUAAAGGUACCAAGCAGAGCUGCGAGGACUAAAGCUCAGGCAGCACGAGCUUCCAAGAUUUGGCCUCUAAACUUUCAUCCGGAUCCAAAUCUGGAAAGAUUGAUCGACGGAUCGAUCUUCACGGAGCAACAGUUGAAGUCGAUCGAAGGAUACAUGAACGUCGCGAUUGAAGCAGCCAGAUUAGGCGCUAUCGGAAACGAGACCUGCAACGGUAGCGCGUUGAUCGUUGACCCGGAAGAUGGAAGGAUUCUCACGAUAACCGCGUCGAGGAUCGACCUGCAUCCCAUGUGGCACGCAGCUAUGUUGUCAGUGGAUCUUGUUGCGAAACUUCACGGAGGUGGUGCCUGGAAACUAGACGGAAAGACAAUGGGAAACGCUAACGAAUCAGCAGCUUCGAAUCUCAUUAACGAACAGGACGACGGAAACUAUCUAGCGAGAGAAAAGAGGAUCAAGAGAAAGUACGUCGAGGAAGCUCCCCUUCGUUUCCCAGAAUCAUUGUCCACUCUGUGCCUCCCGAAACAGGAGUCUCUGAAGUCGACUAUUAUUCGUCGUGGCAGAAAGAACAACGGUUUGAAAACGACAUCAGCGGAAGACUCGCGUGAAGCCGAAACAGACACUGAGAAAUGUGGGCCUUACCUUUGCACAGGGUACUGGACGUUUCUACUAAGGGAACCUUGUCCCUUGUGUGCCAUGGCUCUAGUGCAUUCUAGGGUAUCAAGGAUAUUCUACGGCGUUUCGAAUCAAGCCGCGGGGAUUUUGGGUUCCAAAGCCGUUUUACACAGCGUCCCAGGGUUAAAUCAUCGGUACAAAGUUUGGGGAGGCAUCCUGGAGCAGGAAUGCCGGCAGGCGUUGCAAGAAAUCGAGAACAGAAACGUGGAUUGA